AGUCUGAGAAGGAAGUCAGAGGGAACGACAGCACCUAGCAGGCACUGGGAAAGGUGCGACUCUUCUAUCACAGGAAUUGCUAGUGUCCCGUUCAUUCUAAAGAUUCAGCUGCUGGCAUUUCUGGGAGCUGCUUGAGGCUGACUGGAAGGAGUUUUUUUCUCUUUAAAGACUGACAGAAGAAUGGAGGCCAGAUGGGAGCGAGCUGUGCAAAAAAGGCAAGUCCUAUUUCUUUGUGUAUUUCUGGGAGUGUCUUGGGCUAGUGCUGAACAGCUUCAGUAUUUUGUGGAUGAGGAAACAGAGAGAGGCACCUUUGUGGCCAAUCUAGCAAAUGAUUUGGGGUUGGAGCUGGGGGAAUUGUCAUCCCGGGAAGCUAGAAUUAUUUCCGACCAGAACAUAAGGUUUGUGCUGCUCAAUCAACUCACUGGUGACUUAAUUCUAAAUGAGAAGCUGGACCGAGAAGAACUGUGCAGCUCUACAGAGCCCUGUGUACUGCCUUUCCAGUUGCUGCUGGAAAAGCCGUUUCAGAUUUACCAUGCUGCACUACAAGUCAGAGACAUCAAUGAUCAUUCUCCAGUAUUUCUAGACAGAGAGAUUCCCUUGAAAAUAUUAGAAAGUACCACUCCAGGGACGACAUUUCUCUUAGAGAGGGCACAGGAUUCAGAUGUUGGAACCAAUACCCUGAGUAACUACACCAUCAGCCCCAAUGCCUACUUCCACAUUAAUGUGCAUGAUGGAGGGGAGGAGACUAUCUUUCCUGAAUUGGUACUGAACCAAAUGCUAGAUCGAGAGGAAAUACCCGAGUUCACAUUAACUCUCACAGCCUUGGAUGGUGGCUCUCCAUGCAGAUCUGGGACUACCCAGGUGCGAAUUCUGGUGUUAGACACGAAUGACAAUGCCCCUGAAUUCUUGCAGUCACUCUACAAAGUUCAGGUGCCUGAGAACACCCCCCUUGGCUCACUGGUUGCUGCUGUGUCUGCUAGGGAUUUAGAUAUGGGAAGUUAUGGACAAAUAGCCUACACAUUUUUUUAUGCCACUGAAAGAAUUCUCAGAACUUUUCAAAUCAAUUCAACUUCUGGCAAUCUUCAUCUUAAAGGGGAACUGAACUAUGAAGCAAUUCAAAGUUACUCAUUAACUAUUCAGGCCAAAGAUGGCGGGGGCCUUUCUGGAAAAUGUAUUGUGGUUGUAGAGGUAACAGACAUAAAUGAUAAUUCACCAGAAAUCCUUAUGUCAUCACUAACUAGCUCAGUUGCAGAAAACUCUCCAGAGAAAGUCAUCGCUGUUUUUAGAAUUAGAGAUAAAGAUUCCGGAAAUAAUGGAAAAACUGUAUGCUCCAUCCAAGACGAUCUCCCCUUCGUCCUGAAGCCGUCUGUGGAAAAUUUCUAUACUCUGGUGACAGAAGGACCUUUGGAUCGAGAAUCCAACACUGAUUACAACAUCACCAUCACAGUCACCGACCUGGGCACACCCAGGCUGAAAACCCAGCACAACAUAACCUUGCAGGUCUCCGACGUCAACGACAACGCCCCCGCCUUCAGCCAAGCCUCCUACACCAUGUACGUCCCCGAGAACAACAGCCCCGCCCUGCACAUAGGCACAGUCAGAGCCACAGACUCAGACUCAGGCGCCAACGCCCAGCUCACCUACUCGCUGCUGCCGCCCCACGACCCGCACCUGGCCCUCGCCUCGCUGGUGUCCAUCAACGCCGACAACGGGCAGCUGUUCGCCCUCAGGGCGCUGGACUACGAGGCCCUGCAGGCCUUCGAGUUCCGCGUGGGCGCCGCAGACCGAGGCUCGCCCGCGCUCAGCAGCCAGGCGCUGGUGCGCGUGCUGGUGCUGGACGCCAACGACAACGCGCCCUUCGUGCUCUACCCGCUGCAGAACGCCUCUGCGCCCUGCACCGAGCUGCUGCCCAGGGCGGCCGAGCCGGGCUACCUGCUCACCAAGGUGGUGGCGGUCGACCGCGACUCGGGCCAGAACGCCUGGCUGUCGUUCCAGCUGCUCAAGGCCACCGAGCCAGGCCUGUUCGGAGUCUGGCCGCACAAUGGCGAGGUGCGCACCGCCAGGCUGCUGAGCGAGCGCGACGCGCCCAGGCACAGGCUGCUGCUGCUGGUCAAGGACAAUGGCGAGCCGCCGCAGUCGGCCAGCGUCACGCUGCACGUGCUGCUGGUGGAUGGCUUCUCGCAGCCCUACCUGCCGCCGCCCGAAGUGGCGCGCCAGCCCGCGCAGCCCGACGCGCUCACGCUCUACCUGGUCAUCGCCUUGGCCUCGGUGUCUUCGCUCUUCCUCUUCUCGCUGCUGCUCUUCGUGGCCCUCAGGCUGUGCAGGAGGACCAGGCCGGCCUCUCUGCCUGGCGGCUCUGUGCCUGAGGGCCGCUUUCCUGGACAUCUGCUGGACGUCAGUGGGGCGGGGACCCUGUCCCACAGCUACCAGUAUGAGGAUACCAGGGGACUGUACAAUUCAGCUGAAACAUCCUCCCAGGACGCUACACCACCAGGAACAAUGGAGGAAAGCAGGAAGCUCAUUUGCAGACAAAGGCAAGUGCUUUUUAUCUUUUUCCUAUUAGAGUUAUCUCUGGUGGGUGUAGCCCAACCAAGGCACUAUUCUCUAGUGGAAGAAAAGGAGGGCAGGUCCUUUGUAACCAAUUUACUAAAGGACCUAGAUCUUGAGCAGGGGGGACUUUCCAGGCGAGGGGCUAGGGUCAUUUCUAAGGGUAACAAGCUACAUUUGCAGCUCGAUCAGGAGAGUGGGGAUUUGCUGUUAAAUGAGAAACCGGACCGGGAGGAACUGUGUGGACACACAGAGCCCUGUGUGCUACAUUUCCAAGUGUUGCUAGACAAUCCCUUAGACAUAUUUCAAGCUGAGCUACAAGUAAUCGACAUAAAUGACCACUCUCCAGCAUUCCUAGACAAAGAAAUCAUACUAAAAAUAUCAGAGAGUAGUCUCCCAGGGACUUCAUUUCCACUGAAGAAUGCUCAGGAUAUGGAUGUAGGUGAAAACAGUAUUGACAACUAUCUCAUCAGUUCAAAUUCCUAUUUUCAUGUACUCACUUGCAAACGCAGCAAUGGCAAGAAAUAUCCAGAGCUGGUACUGGACAGAGCACUGGAUAGAGAAGAGGAAGCUGAGCUUAGAUUGAUCCUCAUAGCACAGGAUGGUAGCUCUCCACCUAGGUCUGGUACCACUGAUGUCCAUGUUGAAGUUGUGGACAUCAAUGAUAAUGCUCCUCAAUUUGAGCAGCUUUUCUACAGGGUACAGUUCCCUGAGGACAGUCCAGUAGGCUUUCUAGUUGUCACUGUCUCUGCUACAGAUAAAGACAUAGGAAUCAAUGGAGAGAUCUCUUAUUCAUUGUUCCAGGCUUCCUAUGACAUUAGCAAAACCUUUUCAAUCCAUCCACUGACAGGGGAAGUUCGAUUGAAAGAACAACUUGAUUUUGAAAGAACUCAGUCCUAUGAAGUCAAUAUUGAGGCAAGAGAUGCUGGAAGCUUUUCUGGAAAAUGCACCAUUCUGACCCAAGUCGUGGAUGUGAAUGACAAUGCACCAGAGAUUACUAUGUCAGCAUUUACCAGUCCUGUCCUUGAGAACUCACUGGAAACUAUGGUUGCGGUUUUCAGUGUUUCAGAUCUAGAUUCCGGAGAAAAUGGGAAAAUAAGUUGCUACAUUCAGGAUGAUCUACCGUUUUUCCUAAAGUCUUCUGCAGAAAACUUCUACACCCUACUAACAGAAAAGCCACUGGACAGAGAGAGCAGAGCCGAAUACAACAUCACCAUCACAGUCACCGACCUGGGCACACCCAGGCUGAAAACCCAGCACAACAUCACUGUGCAAGUCUCUGACGUCAACGACAACGCCCCCGCCUUCAGCCAAGCCUCCUACACCAUGUACGUCCCCGAGAACAACAGCCCCGCCCUGCACAUAGGCACAGUCAGAGCCACAGACUCAGACUCAGGCGCCAACGCCCAGCUCACCUACUCGCUGCUGCCGCCCCACGACCCGCACCUGGCCCUCGCCUCGCUGGUGUCCAUCAACGCCGACAACGGGCAGCUGUUCGCCCUCAGGGCGCUGGACUACGAGGCCCUGCAGGCCUUCGAGUUCCGCGUGGGCGCCGCAGACCGAGGCUCGCCCGCGCUCAGCAGCCAGGCGCUGGUGCGCGUGCUGGUGCUGGACGCCAACGACAACGCGCCCUUCGUGCUCUACCCGCUGCAGAACGCCUCUGCGCCCUGCACCGAGCUGCUGCCCAGGGCGGCCGAGCCGGGCUACCUGCUCACCAAGGUGGUGGCGGUCGACCGCGACUCGGGCCAGAACGCCUGGCUGUCGUUCCAGCUGCUCAAGGCCACCGAGCCAGGCCUGUUCGGAGUCUGGCCGCACAAUGGCGAGGUGCGCACCGCCAGGCUGCUGAGCGAGCGCGACGCGCCCAGGCACAGGCUGCUGCUGCUGGUCAAGGACAAUGGCGAGCCGCCGCAGUCGGCCAGCGUCACGCUGCACGUGCUGCUGGUGGAUGGCUUCUCGCAGCCCUACCUGCCGCCGCCCGAAGUGGCGCGCCAGCCCGCGCAGCCCGACGCGCUCACGCUCUACCUGGUCAUCGCCUUGGCCUCGGUGUCUUCGCUCUUCCUCUUCUCGCUGCUGCUCUUCGUGGCCCUCAGGCUGUGCAGGAGGACCAGGCCGGCCUCUCUGCCUGGCGGCUCUGUGCCUGAGGGCCGCUUUCUGGGACAGCUGCUGGAUGUCAGCGGGGCAGGGACCCUGUCCCACAGCUACCAGUAUGAGGUGUGUCUGGCGGGAGACUCUGGGGCUGGCGAGUUCAAGGUCUUGAAGCCAAUUUUACCUAAUUUCCAAGGACAUUCUCCCGUACCUUAAAUGGAAGAAAAUCCCAACUGGAAGAAUGAGUUGGGGUUUAGCAUUUGGUCAAAAUAACUGCUUUGCAUUAUCUGUAUUGUUUUCAUUAUAAAUCAAAUCAGGGUUUUUUUGUGUUUUUUGUGCUUCUCAUUAUGACGUUGUUAAACACUAACGCUUGUUUGCAAGAUUAUGCUGCACUUGUUUUUAGAAAUGGUAUCUCAGUUUUUCUCCAGAAUGUAAGAUUUUGAAAGGGGCUAAUUUUUCCUAACUUUUUUGAGGUCAGUAGUUGUAUAAAUCUUUGUUCUGGACUAGCUUUGGAAUGAAGCUAAAAAAUGAAAAAUUAAUUCAGACUCAUCAGAUGUUCAUUCCUUGUAUGUUUGUUUAUGACUCAUUAACCCAUUCAUACAUACUACACAGUAAUGCAUGAACACACUGAAG